AUGUCUCAAGCUUCUGGUCAUUCAGAAAGUUUAUCAUUGAAAUUAUCAGAAGUACUUAGUGAUAUUGGUGUAAAUGAGAGAACAGUACUGAAGAGGAGAAGGACGUUGUUGUUGUUUGAAUCUAUACAUAAGAUGGAUAAGAUACUAACAGGAAGCUCCUUUAUCUCACUUUAUUUUGGAAGUCAAGUGGAAGGUACAACAACUCCAGGACUAAAGUCAGACUUGGAUUUUCUCCGCUUUGAAAAUGUGAAUGUGAUACAGGAUUGGAGUGAUUGGCAGCCAGGCAUUAGAAAUCUUCUAAUGAUCAAAGAUGAAUCCACUUCACCUGGCUACUGUCUUCUCCAAGUUCUGAGAGCUGAUGAACCUUCUCCUUGUACCUGUAAUUGCCAUAGGAAACAUGAAGAUUUUUGUACAGAUGGAAGAGGAAGAAUACUAAUGAAAAACAGUUGCAACAUUGGCAUAUUUGGAGAAGGUUAUGUUAUAAAUGGUCCAGCACAUACAUAUCCAGGAUAUAAUGUAUUCUCAGCUAUUGAUGGAGUUUUCGCCUAUCAAUGUAAAUCAUGGCCUAAAGAAGCCCAGCUCUGGUUAUCACAGCAAGGCAUAGAAGAGUGGCCCUCAGAUGAAAUAAAGAGAUACUGUGAGACUACUGGGUGCUUUGUUGUACCAGUAGGCAGUAAGCAUGGUAGAAAUCAACAACUUAAGUGGAGAAUAUCUACUUCAAAAGCCGAAAGAUGUCUGAUGUUUAGUUUAAACAUCACACAAAUAAGAUGUUACAUCUUGAUGAAGAUGAUUCUUAAAACAUUUAUCAGUUCACAGUGUGAACAUGCCAUUUCUAGCUACAUGUGUAAAACUGUUUUGUUUUAUUGUAUACACACUGCAAAUUUAAAUCAGUGGCAGGAGAACAAUUUACUUGUUUAAAAUGUUGCUUGGUGUCAUU